AUAAGUAAUAUAUGUAUAAUUUAGACAACCCUGGCGAAGAAUGAGGCUCCAAGACCGACAAAGGCACGAAAAUGACCCAUUUCGCCCUGACCUCCCACUCGGUGUAUAACUAUCCCACCGAAAACAAAUCAAGACAAAUUAAUUAGCACGAAAUAGCUCAAAAUUGACCUCCUUGCACUCUCAUAAUAUGAUAAAAUACAAUUUCCAAAAGCAUAUAUGGGGCAAAGGAAACAAUAAGAUGAAAGAACAUUUUCCUCAACUUGUCCAGUUGUCCACCUGACCUCAUGCUACAAGAGAAAAAGAGGGGAAAAAGAAAGGAAAUUAGGCCCCCUUGGCGAACAAAGAGUAAUAAGUCCAACGACAACAUGAAUAUGCAUGCCCUCUUCUUCCUCUCAUGUCUCAACUAGUUCAUGACGCCACCUUCAACUAUAAGAGUGUGGUUCCCAUGCGCCCGAGAACAAUUUAAUUCGUGGGUAGUGAAAUUAUAGUUGUAUCAUACAGAUUAAUAAUCUAACCUGAAAUUCGUUACAAAUUUAUGUAUAAUUGACGGGUUCAGUUUAAAUAAUGAGAAAAUUAUGUACACUCAUUAUAACCUACAAUAUUCGGGUUUGGGAUUUUCACAUACACAUUAAAUAAAUUUUGGUUCGGAUUUUACCCACCCAAUUAGGUCGGAUUCGUGCAGAUAUCCACAAGUAUGGUUAUUUUUGUCAUUCCUAUCUCCAAGACAAACUUUGUGUAUGUUCUUUUCCUAAUAAUCGCUUAGGCAGUGGCGUAGUCAGAAAUUUGACUUAGAUGGGUAAAAUCAAUUUAUUGUUGUUGUAUAAAUUGUCUAUAAUGUGUUUCCAUAUUAUGAAAAGUAUAUAAAAUACAUUAGUUAUUCAAAGUAUCAAGGAUAUCAUUCUCAACGUAACCUACCCAAAAAUCGUUCUUGAUUUUAUCACUAAUCUGAUUUUGAAGUGUGUUCUUUACCUAGUUCAUUAGAGGAUAUAAUCCUUCAACACUUACAGUGAUGUCAUAUAGCAACACCAAUUUAAAAGUCUCUAGACCAAUGAUCAAUGACGUGUUUCCAUAAUGAUCAACAUUAACAUAAAAAUAUAUUAUUAAUUUUUUAUAAUGAUGAAUGAUGUGUUUACUUAUUCUGAAAAAUAUCUAAAUUAUAUUAAUCAUCCAUAUUAUCGAGAAUUUCACUCUCAAUAUACCCCACUAAAAAAACUGUUCAUAAUUUCACCACUUGUCUAACGCAGAAAUUAAAAAUGUCAUCGUCACAAAAUUUAUUGUAGAAAAUGAUCUUUUAACACUUGCAAUUACACAGAUAAGCUAGCAACAACAAAAACUUACACUAAUAAAAACACUCGAUAUUUUAUUUUACACAACCAUUUCCCAAAAAUAUUCAGCAAGUAUCUUUAAUCCUGCAAACCUCUCUGCUCUCUUCAUUUCAAAUAUAAAAGCAUUUAAUUAAUGAAUGUCAAGAUGUAGGAUAGAACCUUUAGAGAACUUGUUAGAAUACGAUGUAGCAAGUUUUAACAACCUUUUCUUGUCAAAAGUUAACAAAUGAAUCUUAUGGAUUUAAACAUGCCACACAACAUAACAAUUUCGUGUUAGCCUCAUUGAAGAUACAAGUAAGCACUUGUAACUACAUAUCCAAAACUAUUAUACAUAAAACAUUUAGUGGCAUGUAACUUAGUGGUUGAAAAUUAUGGCCUUUUACAAGGAGGUCACUCAUCUGAAUCUCGCUUCCAAGUAAACACGAGUAACAUAUUUUUUUCAUAUGCAUUUCAAAUUUCAGGUUGGUGCCCGAUAUACCUAGGGGCCGGCAACUCAUUCUCUCGCCUAAGAAGGUAUGCUAGUUAUUUGACCUCCUUCCACACCUUUCAGUCCCCCUCAAAACGUCGUGCGAGAUCGAUUUUGAUAAACUACCAGGCAUGAUAUCUUACAAUUUCGAAUCACUUCUCGCUCUAAAUUUCAACUUUUCACUGUUGAUUCGAAGAACAUAUAAUGACAUACAUGCAUAUAUGUGCUGGUACUAUGGCUAGCUAGUGAUCCAUUAAUGUGAACUCCACUAGACAAAUGGGGGGAAGCAAAAAAAAAAAAAAAAAAAAAACAUGAGUAUGUCUGGCCACUUCAAACCCCAACUGAAUGGAAGCAGGAAUGCACAAAUGGCAAUGUUGUGGCCUCAAUGUAAUGGUAUAAGCAACAACAAGUGCCCGUCGACAUGGGUUGAAAGGGAAGGAAUUGGUUUCUCACUGGAGAAAUUUGGCUUUAGCAAUGGCAAGGGGAGCAAGGGAGAGUAUCAGGUGGAUUUGUGUCAAAUUAAAGUUGUGCUUCUGUCAUUCUGGUAAAAAAAAAAAAAACAAAUUUAGCUAGUAGGAAGACCUGAUAAGACAAAUCAUCAAAUGGGUAAAUAUGGUAGUGGAGUGGUAGCUAGGGAUGGAAGAGGAGAAAUGAUGUGUCCCGCAAACGCUAUAAUGUGUUGGAAUUUCUGAAACAGUUUUGAUAGCAAGGCAUCAAUGAUAAAGCCACUCUUGUUCUUUCCUUGUUUUUUGUUUUGUUCAAUCUUUAAUUUGGUUCUCAUUUACUGGCCAUACACAGUAGUUUCAGAGGAUACGUGUAUCUGUUUGUGUCUUCAAGCUUUGUAAGUGGUUAAGCUUUGUAAGUUCAUUCACUCACUUACUUAUUUAGUUGAAAAAUAAUUAUUCACAAAAAUUGUUUAAGUAAGAGACUUACAUAAGCUUUACAUAAUAUCUUAAUUAUUACAAAAGACUUAAGUAACACGUUUGUUUGAUUGAUACAUAAAAAAUAACCAUUUAUUCAACCAUCAUAAGUUUUACAGAGUGAAUUUUAAUAACUGGUAUAGAAUGGUGUUACAUAAUUUUUCGUAAUGUGUGGUCUAAUAAUAACAUCAAGUAAUAUCUCAAAUUUUAUUUAAUAAUAAGUUUAAAAAAGUAUAACUUUUGAUUAAAUUUUUAUGUAAAAAAGGGCUUAUAAAACAUUUGUGUAAUGCAAAUUUAUAAGAUCAUCAACAAUUUAGUUAUUAAGUUAGUCAUUUUUAUUCAAACUAAAAUCAUGCAUGAAAGACUUAUUCGAUUUGUUUGUUUAAUUGAUGCAUAAGAAAUUAUCAUCUCUCCAUAAAGUUGUGUAUUGUCUUAGUCAUUAAGAGUUAUGUUGUAUUUUUUGUUUAAUUGAUAACUAAAAAUAACUACCCUUCAGUAAGAUUUGCGUAAUAAUGUAUUUAUUUAUGCAAUUGUAACAAUUGUAGUGUGAUAUAAUAAUAAAAUCAAGUUAUGAAAAUUACCACAUUUAAUUAAACUGCAAUGAAAAUGUUAACUUACCUUACAAAACUUUUGCAUAAUGUAAAUUAAGAAGAUGAUGAACAUUAUAGAUAGUUACAUAUAAUGUUUACGUAAUAUAUUCAUAAUAAAUUAAUCUUACCUAUUGUGAAAUGAAAAAAUACUGAGAUAGUUGUCUAAAGAUUAAAUAUCCCUUAUAAUGAAACUAGCUAGGUACAAGAGAUGCACGACAAAAAAUUACAUAAACAACUAACAGUAACUCGACUUGACUCGACCUGAUCCAAUCAGAUUUGAGGUUCGGCAAUGGAAUCCCUUCGUGGCUCAAACAAAAGUUCAACUUCAAUUCAUCUAUAGAAUCUUGAGGUACACACCCAAAAGGGCCAACCAUUAUAGAAAUUGAUGUACGUACGUACAAAACUCCAACCAAAUUUUUUAUUACACUUGUGGGCUUUCAAUUUCAAUAUCUAGAUUGGGCAGGAACUGUAGAUGUACCAGGCAGGAGGUCAAUAAUAGACUUUUGCUGCAUAUCGUGUAGACAUAUAUGCUAACUUUGGUUUCUCAGACAUCAAGAGAACAAAAUACUGCAUCAAGAUCAUUACUACAAACUGAACAAUGACUAUGAACAACCGUUUAAAACGAUUUUACGAUUCACCAAAACACUUCUACGUAGAAAUGCGCUCUUUUGACUACAUUGCUAAAGAGUUUCUUGAAAUUGUAUAUUAUUAUCGUCUGACCUUCUCAAUCAUACAUACAAAUGAGACUCCAACGUCUUAAUGUACACGAUUUUUUUUUUUUUUCCUUCCUUUUAACCCUAACAUUCCUCUCAUCUUUAUCUUUUAGGGUUUAUGUGUAUCAGUCAUGAGUUCUUGGAAAAGUUCACUGCAGACAACAACCUAUUUGUUUUUCACAUAAACUUGACUAUAUUCUCAGCUCAGCUUCUGUCUUCCUUUAACCAAAAGCAAAAGGCAGCAAAGCAAAUCAAACACACAAUCAAGCUGUGUCGUCGUCUCUGUUCUUCUUAGCUUUCUUCUCCUAUUUGCACAUUUGGUUCAACUCUAUUCAUCAAAUCAAAGAGCCCAUGCAUGACGACCUAAAAAGGCCCUUCAAUUAUUUGGAAAAAAUGCACGUUACAUAUUCACCGCAAAAGCCCAAAAGGGUCUGCAAUUUCUUCAGUCAACAGAUUAAAGAUCCUCCUCCGGCCCAUCUCUUUUUCUCCCUGCAAUCUAAUUGGCCAUAUGGCUGGCUUGUUCAUCAGAAUCUCUACCUCUCUCGAUCGUGGAGGGAAAAUGAAAAACAGUACUGCUGGCUUUGCAGCUCAUCAUCAACUUUAAUUUAUAGAGCAUGAUGAGCUUUCUUUCUUGCUUUCUCUCUUUAGCUUCCUUUCUAGAUGGAGAAAUAAUUACGACUCCUUUCUCAUUCAACCAAUAAAUUAAAUUAGCGUCACUGAAAAGUUUGCCAAGAGAAAUGGACGAUAGAUAUUCUUACGGCAAACGCAUGCAUGAUUUGGACGUUCAACGUGCAUCCGUGCGGGAGAACUAUGCCGUAAUAAGGAGAGGUCCAUAUAAUUAUUGAUUGGAAAGAUUUCAAUCAAUUUGAUGACUUAAGAAGAAACAACAUUCAACGAUGACAUAGCCAAGAUCCCGAUCUAUGUAGGUUCUCUCCUUACCGCGAAAGUUUAUUGGGCACUGAAUAUAAGAUAUUUUGAUGACAAUACAAACACAUUAAGUCAGUCAUAAAAAUAUAUCACAUCAAAGGACAAUUCAUUUACUUGUACUUAUUUUACUUAUUUGAUGGCCCGAAUUAUAAUUUUUCAUGUCAUUUAAAGAGAGAAAAAAUGCUCUUUUGCUCGGCAAACUGUUAUGUACGUAAGAAUUGGCCCUAAAAUUCAAUACUAACUUAACUAUACCUGACUUGUAACCUAAGAAAUACGAAUCGAACUAAUGCGCAAACUGAUUGAUCCCAGUUCGAACCCGUCCGAUUGACGUUCCAAGUCCAAGUUUCCAUUUAUUUGUGAGGGAAUGAAGCAUAGUGGGAUAGAUUUGGGCCGAGGUGAUGGACACGUGGUAGCAGAGAGGUAUGUCGGGCAUGUGAUCCUGACAAAGAUUAGGCCGGCCCAUCCAUAAAGAAUAUGGGCUCACUUGCGAAAUGGUUUCUGGACAAAUUGCGGAAGCCCAUUUGUGUGUUACAUCAAAAUCAAAUACACAGAAGCGGACUUUUCCGGCCAGACAAAGAGGAUUAUCAAUGGAGACGCUGAUCCUCCUCCACCCUUCACCGAAACUCCCACCGCCGCCGCUGCGGCCAAAUCUCUUCCACUCUCCGACGACAACUACGAUCCCUUCAAACGCCUGCUUCCAAUUUCCCCAACCCACUCGUCUCCGCCGCGGCACCAAGUCUACCCGCCGGAUAGCGCCCUCAGCGUCGUUCAGAAACGGAAGCGAUGCUCCAGAAACAGGGUGCCCUGUCCCCGUCGAUCAGCAACCCAUAAACGAGUACCAGAGCCUCUCCACCUCCUUCCCUUUCUCUUGGGCCUCCGGCGACAUCGUCGAGUACUGCUCUCGCCUUUUCGUCACCGGCGCGUCUUUCGCCCUGUUCGUGGGCUUACCCGUCUCCUGGUUUGGCUCCGUCGGCCCGCAAUUGGACCCUUUGAAACCGAUCUUUGCUGCCCUCUCCAGCGGGAUUCUGGUGGUUAGCCUCGCGGUCUUGAGGAUGUAUUUGGGUUGGGCGUAUGUUGGGAACCGUCUGCUCAGUGCCACUGUCGAGUAUGAAGAAACCGGGUGGUAUGAUGGUCAGAUAUGGGUGAAGACUGCAGAAGUUCUUACUAGAGACAGGCUUCUUGGCUCCAUUACCGUGAAGCCUGUUCUAAGCAGACUAAAGAACACCCUUGUAACUCUAGCGGUGAUGCUGUUUGUUUGUGUUCUGCUCUUCAUCAACUUGGAGAGGGAGGCAAAUACGUACAGAUUGGAAGAAGGUCGCGAUAGAUCUGUACCUGGAGUUUACAACGACGACUCGGCGAGAUCGUUUGAGCCGGAUGCUUUCUGUGGUGAACCUAGUAGUGAUGUUCCUUCGUCGUGAAUCAUAUGAAUGAAAUUUGUCAAGAAUGUGUGUUCUGCAUAUAUUGCUAUCGAUGUAGUAAGUUGAUAUCCGAAUUCAAUGUAGUGCAGAGGUUGAAGGCUACGGAAUCUCUCAGGUGGUCAUUGUUUAAAGGAAAAAGAUUCUUAGUUUACGGGAUAUGGUUCGGAAGGGACAGCCAAACAUUAGAGAGCUUCCAUUUUCAUACCAGACAUUGGUCGAUGCCAUUUUAAAAGUAAGGAAAGCAAAUUCUAACAGCGGAGAAGAAUGAAAAGCUAGCCAUCAAUUAGCUAGGUAAACGAUACAGAGAAAAUUGUUUUCUGUUUCUAAUGGGUUUCCAAGUUCUAAUUGGAAAAGGAAAUUAUCAAAUUAAACAAACGAAAAGGAAGGGGGAAAACCGGCUUAUGAUAGGGUGAGUAACCCUUUGUUACUCACCCGUGAGUAACCACCUAGGAACCGUUGAUCUGGGGCGGACGGAUCGUGUGGCUGUCAUUGAAGCGGGAUGGUCAGGGGCAUUUUUGUCCGUUAUUUGAAUUAAUGAGUUUCCCCUUUUGUCCGUUGCGAAUCUUUCUGUGCGCGAGUUGGAUUCGGAUUUUGGAGAGUCUCAACUACGAGCAGGGGAGCAGCAGCUGAGAAACAAGGACGGCGAUUCUCCAUGGUUGAUCGACGGCGAUAGAAACUGCGAGCAGCAGCUUCGAAUCGAGCUUUCUGAUUCUCGGUCUCCAUAAUUGAUCGACGUGUGCGCGAGUUGGAUUCAGAUUUUGGAGAGAGAAAUUGCGAGCAGGGGAGCAGCAGCUGAGAAACAAGGACGGCGAUUCUCCAUGGUUGAUCGACGGCGAUAGAAACUGCGAACAGCAGCUUCGAAUCGAGCUUUCUGAUUCUCCAUAAUCGAUCGACGUGUGCGCGAGUUGGAUUCGGUUUUUGUAGAGAGAAACUGCGAGCAGCUGCUGCGAAACAGGGGACGGCGAAUCUUUUGUGAUUCUCCAUAAUUGAUCGACGACGAGGUUAGAUAUUAGUUUUUUUGAUUCUUCCUGUUUAGCUAAUCGAGUUUUCUGUUGAUCUCUGGUUUCGUUGGAGGUUUUUCAUUGCUGCUAGUCGAGCUUGUUUAUGUUUAGCUAAUCGAGCUUGUUCAUGUGUUAUGUUCUUUGUGUUUUGGUGUUUUUGUAGUAUUCUGGUGAGAUGAGUUACGUAAAUUGUGGCGAUGUUGUUCCAAUUGAUAGAUCUGGUUCUUCAACCAGCGUUGUAGGAUCUGGUUCUUCAUCUAGUGCUGUUGGAAUUGCUUCUUCAUCUAUCGAUCUUGGAUUUGAUCAUUCAGCUAACUCUGGUGAAUCAGGAGGUAAGAUAUACAAAUUUGUUUGUUUAUUGAAGUUUGUAUAGUGUCGUAAUUUGAUUUUACCAUGCCUUAUCAUGUGGUACUUGAUUUUACAGUACAUUACCAUGUGGUAAAAUGUGGUAAUUAGGAAGUUAAAUGUGAUGGUUCUGUGUGAUAAUUGAUUUUACCAUGCCAUACCAUAUGGUAUAGUGUGGUAAUUUGAUUUUACCAUGCCUUAUCAUGUGGUAAUUGAUUUUACAGUACAUUACCAUGUGGUAAAAUGUGGUAAUUAGGAAGUUAAAUGUGAGGAUCCUGUGUGAUAAUUGAUUUUACCAUGCCAUACCAUAUGGUAUAGUGUGGUAAUUUGAUUUUACCAUGUCUUAUCAUGUGGUAAUUGAUUUUACAGUACAUUACCAUAUGGAUCCUGUGUGAUAAUUGAUUUUACCAUGCCAUACCAUAUGGUAUAGUGUGGUAAUUUGAUUUUACCAUGCCUUAUCAUGUGGUAAUUGAUUUUACAGUACAUUACCAUGUGGUAAAAUGUGGUAAUUAGGAAGUUAAAUGUGAGGAUCCUGUGUGAUAAUUGAUUUUACCAUGCCAUACCAUAUGGUAUAGUGUGGUAAUUUGAUUUUACCAUGCCUUAUCAUGUGGUAAUUGAUUUUACAGUACAUUACCAUGUGGUAAAAUGUGGUAAUUAGGAAGUUAAAUGUGAGGAUCAUGUGUGAUAAUUGAUUUUACCAUGCCAUACCAUAUGGUAUAGUGUGGUAAUUUGAUUUUACCAUGCCUUAUCAUGUGGUAAUUGAUUUUACAGUACAUUACCAUGUGGUAAAAUGUGGUAAUUAGGAAGUUAAAUGUGAGGGUUAUGUGUGAUAAUUGAUUUUACCAUGCCAUAGCAUAUGGUAUAGUGUGGUAAUUUGAUUUUACCAUGCCAUACCAUAUAGGGGUGAACAAACACACCCGCAAACCGACCCACCCGUCCAACCCGACCCAACCCACCCGUAUUUGUCGCUAAAUCGAAGGUUUUGGGUUGGGUGAGGGUUUUCUUUUGUACAACCCGCCUCAUUUGGGUUGGGUUUGGAUUUUAGAUUACACAACCCGUAGAACCCGACCCAACCCGUGUUCCAAUUAUUGGUAUGAGUUCGUAUCCAAAAAAAUAUUUAUGUCGUAUAUAGUCAUACUUAUGAGAAAAUUAAGAUAUUUCGCCAUGUUUUUCUAUUAAAGUCUCACUAAUCUAAUGCAUUCUUCGACUUAAAGUUUAGACAUAUAUUUAAUAUAGCUAUGAUUCACGU